AUGGGUGACUACUUAAAAGCACUUGAAUUUUACGAAAAAUCACAUAAAAUCUACGAAAAAGCUCUGCCUUCGAAUCAUCCUCAUUUGGCUGUUAGUCAAUUGAAUUUUGCAGCAUGUUACGAAAAGAUGGGUGAUUACACAACAGCUCUUAAAACCCUUAAAAGUGCUUAUCAAAUUCAGCAAAAAAUUUUUGAAGAAGGUAAUCCAGCUUUUGCUUCAACAUACAGCUGGUUUGAAAAGGUUUAUCGCAGUAUGAAAGAUUACUCAAAGGCGCUCGAUUACUUUCAAAAACGCCUCGAAAUAGAUCAAAAAACAUUACCUGAAGGGCAUCCAUAUUUUGGCAUUACAUACAGUAAUAUUGGUGAUGUUCAUCGAUUAAUGGGUGAUCAUGAGAAGGCACUUACAUUUCAUAGAAAAGCGUUAAAUAUUCAAGAAAAUAUUCAAUGUAAUCCUCUUGAAUGUGCAACGACAUAUAUAAAUUUAGGUGAAACUUAUCGUCAAAUGAAAGAUUAUACAACGGCAUUGUUAUAUUAUCAAAAAGGAAUAGAAAUACGUGAAAAGAAACUAUCAAAAAGUCAUCCUGUUUUAGCUGUAGUAUAUCACAAUUUGGCGAAAUUAUAUUUAUCUACUCGACAAUAUAAUAUGACAAUAAAAAAUGUUCAACAAGCGAUAGAAAUUGCUCACGAAAAAUAA